AUGUUGUUUUCAACGGAAAAUCACAGUAAAUUUAAGGUAUAUAACUACUUAAUCAAAUACUAUCUUUAGUUGACUAGUUUGGAUGAUUUGAGGAUACAAAAAAGAAACGCUGUUUUGAUGGCAGAUGAUGUCCUAUAUGUCUAUGGCUAGACUAAUAACAAUCUAGGUGCAUAUGAGCCAAUUGAUAACAACAAUCCAUUGGAAAUAAAGGGUCAAUAAACGAUUCGAUACUUUCUUAAGGAAAUGGAUUACAAGCAUCUAGAAUGUAUAAUUUUGACUCAUCAGAUAGAUCAAUAAUUUGAUCUCGUUCAAGUAGUGAAUAAAGAGUGGGCUAAUUCCCUUGGCUUUAGCCUAAAAGUGAAGAGGCCUGCAAAAAUUAAUAAAGAUAGCUCAAAGACUCUGAGGCUUUACUGCUCUCAUCACAAUAGUAAAUAUACCAGGGAGGAUAUUGAAAUGAUUGAAAAUGAAAGUGGACUCAAAGAAGAAUCGUGUUUCUUUGGGCUUACAUUUAGAUAUAUACCUCAGAAUAACAUCUGGAUGCUUUAUGAAAUAUUUGAUAAGCAUAAAAUGUACCACUCCCACCCAUUUUUCUACAGUUUCUCAAAUGAAGCACUAUUUUCAGCCAGAUAAGUAUAGUAAGACUAAACUCAAAAUGAAAUGACUGAUAUUAGUGCAGUUGAUCAGAAUCUAAGCCAAGGACUUGAAAUUAUUGGUCAUAAGGAGAAUCCAGAUUAAAACCUGACUAAGAAAUAUUAUUAGAUCUAUAGAACAAUCCUUGAGAAGAUGUCAAGCAUGAACUCUCUGCUAUAAUAAAAAGCAAGUGGCUAAAUGAUACCAACAAGAAAAGGAACUUUCCUAGACGGUAAAUAUACCUCAUAAGUAGAUAUGAACUCAAAAAGGAAAAAAAGAAUGAAAUCAUAGAGCAAGACCGAAGAAAAUAAUGGCAAGCAAAGGAAAGUUUAAGAUUUCAGAGUACUUGUCGAAAAACUUGUUGAGUUAAAAACUGCUGAUCCGAACUCUUUAGAUUAUAAUACAACUAGGCAUCCUGAAUGCUAGGCAAGGAUUAUAAAUUUGUAUUACCAAACUAAAGAAAUGAAGCAAAAUUACGAAUUCUACUAGGAUUUUGUAUUCAUAAACAAAAGACUCUGUAAAACUCGCUUCAAAAGGAAUAUUAUUCUGUUCUCUGGAGUCAAUUUCGAAGGAAAGACCCUGAUAUUUGGAGUAGCGCUUAUCAAGGAAGAUGAUAUAGAAAGCUACCAAUUUGCAGUUCAAAGUUUCUUGAAUUCAAUUGAAAGUAAAGAACCUCAAGUUAUCAUAAUUGAAAGGUAGUCUAUGAUGAAGAAUGCAAUUGAGCCUAUUUUGAAGCAAUCCUCCAUCAAAUUGCUUUAUUGUUACCAGCAUCUAUACAAGUCUCUAAAAUUCCAAAUAAGAAAUAUGACUUAUAACAAACCAUUUAAUGAAUCUAUCAGAAAUAUCUUGUUAAGAGUUGAGAAGUUACCUAAACUCGAAAAUCAAAACCUUGUCGAAAAGGAAAUUCUAGAAUGCAUGAAGCUGUCUGAGACUAUUAAGAACGAAUGUGCUGAGAUCAAUAUAAUCGUGAAUAAACUUAAUCAAGAACGAAAGUAUUGGUGCAAAUAUUUGACAAUAAAAGAAUUUACAGCAGGCACUAAUGUCUAUUAAAGAGUUGAGUUUAUGAAACUCUGGCUAUCAAAGCAUUUGUUGAAAAGAGAGUCUAACCUUGAAAAGACUAUAAAUCUGAUUAUUGACUUCAGCUGGAUUGAUAGAAUUCAUAAUGCUCAAUAAAAGUAGUUACUUUCUACCUAAAACAAUGUUUAUAAGCAGUUGGGGGCAAAUCAUGAUAAAGAAGAUAAAAAUCAAGAAAUUGAAAGAAUAACAUAUGAGGAAUUCAGAAUAACUAAGUCUUAGAUCAUAGACAGAGAGCCGAUUCUGAGUGAAUAUAUACUAAAAAAUUUAUCCUUAAAUGCCUAUGAAAGAUGCAAAUAUUCUAUUGGUCAAGGUCUUAAAUAUUUGAGAAUAAUAAAGGAAGAUAAAGGCUUUAAUAAGCGGUGCUAACUAUUCAUAGUAAAUCAUGUUAAUCCAAAUUAAAAUAAAGAAAAUUUAGAGGCUAAUGAUAGAAAGCUUUAAAAGAUUAAGGUAUUUGAUGAGUUUGCCUUUUGCACAUGCUUUGAAAGAUUUAAUACUGGUCUUCCUUGCUAACAUGAAUUUCUAAUCGCUUUAAAACGACAUAAGAAACUACUGUUCUCUGAACGUUGGUUUAAAGGCUAUGAGGAUCAAGUAAAGAAAAACAAGCAGGUAGUCCAAAAGUUAAUAAAAUAAAAUCGAUAUGAGUAGCAGUAUGUAUUCAAAUAAAUGACAUUAAAUGAUUCGAAGUCUAAAGAUAUUUAUGACUGUAUAAAGGAAGAAGAUAUUAGAAUUGACAUGAAAAAAGACAGACUAGAAAAUUUUGGUGAAGAGACUUGGCUUGGGAAAUCCUGGUUAUUUAAUGAAGGCUGUAGAAUCUAUUAAAACGACUCUAAGAGAGCCUGCUAUACUGAACUUAAUGAGAAUGAUGUGGCAAACGUAGAAUUUGUUAAUCAAGAUGAAUCGAAUGCACUUAGAUCUAGAUAGAUAAUGUCAUUUUAAAAGCUCAUUAAUAUUGACUCGAAAAAGAAGAGAGGAAGACCAGCUGGUUCAGCAAAUUAUUAUGAGAAGCCAGAUAAGGCUUAUUCAGAGCUACAAAGCGUUUAAAAAGCAAGAAAUGUCACAUCGUUUUUCAAAGAUACUCCUAUAAAUCCUGCUGGUUGUCAUGAUAAUAUUCAAUAAUUAUAAGAAGAGCAGCCCGUUAUAAAUCCUAAGAUCCUGUAAACGAAACAAAUAGAGGAGAAACAGCAAAGAAGUCAGACUUAAACCAGAUAAGAAUAGUAAAUAUCCAGAAACAUUAUUCCAAUGGAUAGUGCCAAGCGUUUGCUUGAGUAUAGUUAUGAUAGCUCUCAUCAUAAGCUGACUCCUUCCGAAGUUCUUCGAUCCUCGCUUAGGAGAACUAAUGAAAAUUUCAGUAUCACAAAACGUAGAGAAGAUGUUAGAUUAAACCUUGAUUCUAGCAGGAUAAGUGCAUAAAAAUGCUCAUUGAUGAUACCAUCAGGUUCUUAUGCUUAGAAUAGUCAACUGGGCGUAGUAUACGCAGCACCGAUUAAACAGCCUCAAAGUUUUCCAUAAUAAAAUUUACAGUAGCAAUAAAAUCAUUAAAAUAACAAUAGCCAAUUGAAUCAAAGCAUAAAUAACCAAAAUCAAUUGAGUUUAAAUUAGCAGCUAUAGCAGAGUAAUCAAAAGUAUCUUGGUCGGUCUUACAGUAAUAAUCUAAUGCAGAAAAAAGUCUAGUUAACAAACUCACUACUUGCCUAAGGUUAAGGGAUUACAGGCUUAAUAGCUCCUUAAAGCUUUGGCUAAUUUACAAAGCCUAAUCAAAUGAUGGGUAAUUCUGGAAAUUAACAAGGGAUUAACCAUCUGAAUAAUAAUGGAAAGAAAAUUAUCAAAUGA